AUGGCACCAUCCAAGGACAAGAAGCCUCAGGAGAGCGAGGCGGAGAUCCAAGGAAGCGUGCCUCGACUGAUGGUCCAGCAAGCUGAAGCAGCCGCAGCGAGCGAACAAGAUCCCUCUGAUGAGACAGCAGCCGAGCGAAGGCAUCAGGGCCACGAUGUGCCACCAAGGACCGAGACCAACGAACUCGAUCUGGAGAGCGAGCUGCCCGACCAUCCACCGCCCGCGUACGGCGAGCACUUUGGGCAUAUCGCCAACAACCAGGAAGGCUACGACACGAAAGCUGAUGUCGCGGAUGAUGGUCGUGUUAACAUUAGGAUCAAUCAACGCAACCGUCAGCUAUCCUCACUACUAGUGCCAGCACUCCGGCACCAGCAGGAGAUAACAGAUCAUGAGCAUGCACUACCGCCGCCGUAUAUCCCUCCGGGGCUAGGUGGAGAGGAGGGUGUGCCGCCACCCCCGCCGAUGAAUGUGGUGAUUCAGAUUGUGGGAUCUCGAGGCGAUGUGCAGCCUUUCGUAGCUCUUGGGAAGGUGCUCAAAGAUACCUACGGGCACAGAGUGCGGUUGGCUACUCACCCGAACUUCAAGGACUUUGUGACGGAGAACGGGCUGGAAUUUUUCAACAUUGGCGGCGAUCCUUCGGAGUUGAUGGCAUUCAUGGUCAAGAAUCCAGGCCUGAUGCCUGGCUUCGACAGCUUGCGAAGCGGUGACGUUGGCAAUCGGCGCAGAGAGGUCGCUGCCUACUUGAAAGGCUGCUGGCGCUCUUGUUUUGAGACUGGAGAUGGUCUGGGUCCUGAGGCAUCGGACAACACUAUCGAAGACUGGUCAUCGCAACAACCCGGCGAUGGAGACUUCAGCAGCAGGCCUUUCGUUGCGGACUGCAUCAUUGCCAAUCCACCAUCCUUCGCACACGUACACUGCGCAGAGAAGCUAGGGUUGCCACUUCACAUAAUGUUCACGAUGCCUUACACUCCGACGCAGGCAUUCCCACAUCCCCUUGCCAACAUUCAGUCGUCUAACGCCGAUCCGCAUCUCACCAACUACAUGAGCUACUCACUCAUCGACAUGCUUACGUGGCAAGGCCUCGGAGAUGUCAUCAACCGCUUCAGGCAGAAGAGUCUGGGUCUUGACCCUAUCAGUCUGAUUUGGGCGCCGGGUAUGCUGCAGCGAUUGAAGAUUCCGCACACGUACUGCUGGUCACCCGCGCUUAUCCCGAAGCCUAAGGACUGGGGUCAGGAUGUUUCGAUUUCUGGAUUCUUCUUCCUCAACCUCGCCUCGAAUUACACUCCAGCACCAGAUCUCAAGCAAUUUCUGGACAGCGGCCCGCCUCCGGUCUACAUUGGUUUCGGAUCGAUCGUUCUGGAUGAUCCGAAUGCCAUGACCGAGCUGAUUUUCGAGGCUGUACGCAUCACCGGUCAGCGCGUCCUGCUUUCGAAAGGCUGGGGUGGCAUGGGUGCGGAAGACCUUGGCAUUCCUGAAGGCGUGUUCAUGCUUGGAAACGUGCCUCACGACUGGCUGUUCAACCACGUCUCUUGUGUGGUACAUCACGGCGGUGCAGGUACGACAGCCGCCGGCAUCACAGCUGGCAAGCCGACCGUGGUCGUGCCCUUCUUUGGUGAUCAGCCAUUCUGGGGGGCUAUGGUUGCCCGAGCCGGAGCUGGACCAGAUCCUUUGCCGCACAAAGAGCUCACUGGACAGAAGCUUGCAGACGCUAUCAACUUCUGUUUGAAGCCGGAGAGCCAGCAGAAGGCUGGGGAGUUAGCCGCGAGCAUUGCUAAAGAGACUGGUAGCCAAGUGGGAGCGCAGAGCUUUCAUCAGAUGCUUGACGUCGAUAAGUUGCGAUGUACCGUGGCACCGAGUCAUGCAGCGGUAUGGCGUGUCAAGCGUACAGAAGUCCGACUGAGUGCACUCGCGGCGUGCACAUUAGCUAACGCCAAUCUGCUCGACUUCAAUGACCUGAAGCUCUUCAGAGCUCGUGAGUACGAGACUGACGAUGGGCCUUGGGAUCCAAUUACUGGUGGAGCGACUGCCAUCGUUGGCACUGCCACGCAGGUCAUGAUGGGUGUCGCUGACUUCCCGAUCGAGACACUCAAGGCUCUGAAGAUCCACCCCGAGACCGCGAAGAAGAAGAACUCGAAGGACAGCAAGACUGAGUCUGCAGACGGGAGGACCGAGAGUGACCUGUCGUCCAAGGACACUGGCUCGUCCUCGUCAACCCGGGAGUCCGUCACGACUGAAUCACCGAUUACGAGUGCGGGCGCCACGCCCACUGCAAGCCGUACGAACUCCUCCUUCAACAUGCAAGAAUCGCUUAGCCGACUUCAGAGCGGUUCAUCCGAUACAGAGACGCUUCGUCCGCAUUCCAAUUCAAUGUCAGACGCUCUGAAAGGGCAGCUCAAAGACGCAAAAUCGCGCUCACGUUCUGGCAGCCGCAGUCGCCCGGGCUCAAGGUCAGCUGCAGCACCCGAGUCUGGUGCAAAACCCGACUACAUGGACGCGGCCCUCGGCACCAGCAAAGGUGUUGGUCGUAUCAUUGGCGCUGGGUUCAAGUCGCCCAUGGACUUCUCCAUGGCUGUCACGAAGGGCUUCCGUAAUGCGCCGAAGCUCUAUGGCGACGACACUGUGCGCAAGACGGAGCAGGUCACCGACUUCAGGUCUGGUCAGAAAGUGGCGUGGAAGGAGUUUGGCCUCGGGCUUUACGAUGGAAUUUCAGGCCUGGUCACCCAGCCGGUUAAAGGCGCGCAGAAGGAGGGUGCAGCAGGCUUUGUUAAGGGGUUUGGCAAGGGUAUUGGAGGCGUUGUCUUCAAGCCUGCUGCUGCGGGCUUUGGGAUUGCCGGAUACACUAUGAAGGGCGUCUACAAGGAAAUGCAGAAGAACAUGGGUGCUAGCGUGCAGAAUUAUAUCAUUGCUGCGCGCACUGCACAGGGAUACGAGGAGUGGCAGCUGAGUUCCGAAGGCGAGCGGAAGGACAUCAUUAAUAGGUGGCAAGCGAUGCAGAAGGAUAUCAAGAGGAAACGGGACCCAGAUGAGAUUGUCAGGACUGUUCUGGAAGAGCAGAGGAAGAAGGCUCAGGCUUACAUUAAAACUGGCUGGGAGGACAAGAAGCCGCGCAGACUUUCGCGGGCAGGCAAAACCAGCCCCGGUGGUGCCAGUGCCAGCACAGGUCCUGAAGCUGCGAUGUUGGACAUGGGAGCAGGCGAGGGUGGAAGUGCGAGCUCUACUGCGGAUCAGGCAACGAUUGAGAACAACGAGCUGGAGGAGGCCAUCAGGCGGUCGGUACAAGAGACUUCGCAGGGCGACCCUGAAGCUGAUGCAGAAGUUGAGCGUGCCAUUCGCGCCAGCAUGGCCGAGCUCGCGAAAAGCAGAGCCGAGCGAGCGCAAGAACAGGCCACCCAGGCUGAUAAAGAUCAAGGCUCGCAAGAACAAGACGAGGAGCUCAAGCAAGCCAUCGCUGCUAGCGUCGCGGACGCCGACAACCAACAGCAACAGCGCAUGGUGCACGACGAAGAGUUGGAGCGUGCGCUGGCACAAAGCUUGAAGGAACAGCGCCGCCAGCGCAGCAGCGACAGCGAAUGGGAUAGUGACGAAGACAACGAAGACUACGAUGUUGGUGCUUCCGCGGCGACCCAGCACGGCCCUGCAAGUGCGCAGAACCCGCCGGAGUAUGAUGUUGGCCAUGUUGCUGGUACGACUCAGGCGGACUAUGAAGGACAGGGCUCCAGCGAGAAGACGCAGCAGGAGCGGAACGAGGAGCAGGUCGUGUUGGAUUAUGUGAAGAAGCAGUCGAUGCUUGAGCAGCAGCAUCGGCAGGCCGCUGCUGGGAAGGGCAAGGCUGCGCAGAGGGAUGAGGAUGAUGAGGAGUUGCAGCAGGCGAUCAAAAUGAGCCAGAGCAGUGGGGAGGCGUGUGGAAGCAAGUAG